AUGUUGAAUGUUCCCUAUUUGUCGAGCGUCACUGACAGUAUCCAGUCAAAUAACAUCUCUGCUGCACAAAUUCGAGAUGAUCACGACCGUCGAGUCACAGGGGAAGCACAGCAGUCUCCUGAAGCUGAAGCUGAAGCGGAAGCCGGGCAAUCGCCCAAUACCGCUGAAAGCCUGGGCUCCCCGGAUGUGAAUUCCCCGGAGGAUGUGACUAAAAAGCGCAAGCGGCAACAGUCCAUUGCCAAAAUCAAAAAUACCAAGGCUUUUGCUCGCCGCAAGGCGCGACGCACCGGGGACGACGAUGAUGAUUUACUUGCCGGGCAGAUGGUCGAUGAAAAGCAACGUCCAAAGCCAGGUCAGCUAGAAAACUGUGAAAUUUGUGACAAGCGUUUUACAGUCACUGCGUAUAGCAAGACUGGCCCCAAGGGAGGUCUACUAUGUGCCGAUUGUUCUAAGAAGCAAAAGGGGGACGAGAAGAAGGCCCCUGCUAAGAAGCGUGGCCCUGGCAUCGGUCGCCGUCAAAACCAAGCCAACUUGCUCGACGGUUUGACCUUGCAUGGGACUCAGAGUCUAGUCGAAACUUGCAUCAAGAAAGUCGCUGAUAAUAUUAACGAUGUUGAUGAAUUCGGCGAUCUACCUCCAUCCUUGCUACUCCGUCUGGGUCAAAUUCUAUCCAGAAGACGGGCUGUGACUUCUCGGACUUUGGAAUUGUUCUUACGUCCUCGUUACAAGUCCAUUGACCUGUUUGACUGUGCCAAACUUGGCACGGAUGAUUAUCACAAGAUUCUUGCCUCUAUGCCUCAUCUUACUAGAAUCAAUCUGCGUUUCACAACUCCAAUGAAGGACUCUAUUCUUGAUUACAUGAUUGAGCGUGACAUGAAAAUCAAGGACCUUCAUUUGGAUGGGCCAAAUCUUGUGACUGAUGACUGCUGGCGCAGGGUUUUCAAAACUGUUGGCCACAGACUGCAGAGUCUGAAGCUCUGGAAUUUGGAUUCUGCUUUUGACGAUGAUACUGCCUUGGUAAUGGUUGACAAUUGCCUUGGCCUUCAACGACUGAAAUUGAAAUUCCUCUCCAAAAUCGGCGACAAAGCGCUCGAGGCAAUCUCUACUCUCAAGCUUCUUCGGCAUUUAUCAUUGCGUCCAAUGCCAGAGACCAAGGCACAAACCGAAUCUUUUCUCCAAAUCGUUGCCGCGCUUGGGCCUCAGCUCAAUACGUUGUCUCUUGAAGAAUUUGACUUUAUCGAUGACCGUCUCCUACAGCACAUCCAUGAGCAUUGCCAUGCGUUGUCCAAGCUUCGGCUUACCCUAAACUCGACCUUCACUGAUCAGGGAUUGACCAAUCUUUUCGAAGGGUGGUCCAAUCAUGCUCUUACCUAUGCGGACUUCCAUUCUCUCCGAGAUGUGGACAUGUCAAAUCCCAACGGUCCCCCGGAGCCUGUCGGGCUCGCAUCGAAUGGCUUUAUUGCUCUGAUGAAGCACUCGGGCUCAAAACUUCAGCAUUUAAACAUCGCAUCCUGUCGCCACGUUUCAUACAAGGCAUUCGAGGAAGUGUUUGCAGAGGACAAAAAGUACCCUGACCUCAAGUACCUUGAUAUAUCCUUCAGCACAGCGGUGGAUGACUAUAUUGCUCAAUGUAUCUUCCGAUGCUGUCCAUCCCUGCAGCGAUUGGUUGUCUUUGCUUGUUUCAAAAUUCGUGAUAUCCACAUCCCCAGAGGACUUGCCGUCAUUGGCACCGUGGGUGCGACCCUCAAAGUCGAUGGAAUUACUCAGUCUGAAACCAUUUAA